AUGGCUUCAUCCUUACAUAUUCCUAUUAAAUUAUCAUUAGAUGAUAAAGAAAAACUUACAAAUUUAAUAAAAGACUUAAAUAAAAUUAAUUGGGAAACAAGUGAAUAUCAUUUUCAUAAUUUUAUUGAUUAUUAUCAAUUACCACAAAUAAUUCGUAUUGAACAAACAUGGAAUACAGGAUUUAUUAAAAAUCAAUGGAUGUAUUUACAAACAUUAUUUGAUCGUUAUUUAAUAAUUGUUUCAUUACUAAUAAAAAAAUCUAAAUUAUCAAUAGGAAAAUAUCUUAUUCCUGAUUGGUUUCAAGGUGAAUGUCGUAUAUUAUCAAAAAAUCCUAUAUUAAAAAAACGUUGGUGGGUAUUUCAAGGUGCUUUUGAAUUAUAUCGUUUUAAUUUACCACGUACAAUUAAAAUUCUUUCUCCUACACCAGCACAUAUUAAAACAAUAAAUAAUGAAUGGGAAAAAAUUGUUCUAUGUAAAAAUGUUUAUUUAAAUGUUAUACGUCGAGAAAAAUAUCAAUCACGUAUUAAAAAUAAUAAAGAUAAUGUAUUUAUUAGUGAACCAAAAGAAGCAUUUAUACUUCAAGAUCCAGAUAAUAAUGAUGAAUUUAUAGUACCACCUGGUGUACCACUUCGUUUUGCAACAUUAAUUCAAGAUCAUGAAUUACAUGUUGAAUAUCAAAAUCAUCAUGGAACAUUUACAUUUCCAGAAAUAAUAAUGCGUUAUGAAUUUCCAAUUGAUAUUGAAAUUCUUACACAUUUACCUAUUGAUUUACCAGAUUUUAAACCACAAAUUAGAUUAGAAAAAUUUUGUGUUGCAAAAUCUAUUUUAGCUUAUACAAUUGAAAAUGAACAAAUAAAAAUUGUUGAACUUUCACCAUUAACACAAUUUACUAUUCGUUGUGCUAAAUGUUUAACAUAUGGUUUAUCACAAGAAGAAAAUUUCAAAGAAGAAAAAUUUGAUGAAAAUGAAUAUCAACGUUAUGAAAAUAUUCGAAGUAAAAUGAAUAUUAUUUUUGAUAAUAUAACUGAAAUUUAUAGAGGUAAAAUUCAAUUAGGUUCAAUGGAAGAGAUUGAAUGUAUUGAAAAAGCUUAUGAAAGAAGUAUGAAAAUGAAAAACGACGAUGAAAAACCAGUAGAUAAAACUUAUUUUACAGUGGAUGAAGCAUUAAAAGUUAUGAAAGAAAAAAUUAAUAGUGAAAUUCCUUUACCAAAAAUACAACCAAAACGAUUUACUGUUCAUGCUAGUGCUGAUCCAAGUAAUCCAUAUAAUGAAAUAAUCGAUUAUGAAAAUAUGGAUGCUUUAAAUAAAACCAAUGAUGAAUCAAUAAAUCAAUUACAUAAAGGUCCAGCUCUCGUUGUUCAACAAUUACCACCACCUAUGUUAUUACCACCUGAAACAUUUGAAAAAGCAAUAAAAGUUGUUCCUGAUAAAUUGUAUACUGAACUUCUUCCUAGUAGAAAACUAAAAAAAUCACGUAAAAGAACAACAACAACUGAGCAACCAUUUGAAUAA